GAUUAAUCGAUAGAUGGUUUCGCAUCGAAACUGUGCGCAUCGAUUAUUGUAGUGUCACACAAAAAGAAGAAGUGAAAAAAGAAUUUUAGAAGAAAGCAACUGCAAUUUUGUAAUAACCCGAGCCUUUCUUCGCAAUGAAUAAUGGAAAAUAGACAGUCUAGUGCCAGUGAUGUGAUAGUGCCAGAGCUCUACUUCCUCAUCUCCAAGUUCCUGGCUGCGGGGCCGCUGGAGGAGACGGCAAAGGUGUUAAUCCGCGAGCUUGAACAGAAAAAGGUUUUACCCCGACGCAUCGACUGGCAGGGGAAUGAGCAUGAGCAGACCUUUUCUGAAUUGGAACAAAAAUACGCGCAUAUUGGCGAAAAUCAUUUGUUGGAGAUAUGCAGCCGCCUGUGCCCCCUGGUGGACAAGGAGCUGCCGCCCAGUGUUCCUGGGAUAAAUUCCCUUUUGGGAACCGGCCGGCAGAACCUAUUGCGAACCCAUGAGACCGUGUAUCGUCAUCGCUCCCAGCGCGACUAUUGCACGCGCCUUCAUGGCGUCUCACUGCCAGACUCGAGCUUAACCAGACCAACCCACAACUUACUUCGAGUCCUUGCCGGUCGGGAGCAUGGCGGUCAUGUGCGCCGCAAGCUGCUGGUGCCCACAGAUCUGUACCGGAAGACGAAGCUUCUCCGCCGCACAGUCGGCCACCUUUCGUCGGUGUACUGCGUGCUCUUCGACCGCACCGGCCGUUACAUCAUCACCGGAGCGGAUGAUCUGCUCAUCAAGAUUUGGUCUGCGGCCGAUGGGCGGCUGCUGGCCACUUUGCGAGGCGCCUCUGCCGAGAUCACAGAUAUUGCCAUUAACUUGGACAACACAAUGCUGGCCGCCGGCUCGGUGGAUCGAAUCCUUCGGGUUUGGGAUAUGCAGACUACCUCUCCCAUCGCCGUUCUGGGCGCCCACACUGGAAUGAUAACAUCGGUGAACUUCUGCCCCUCGCCACGCAGUGAUCUCAAGUAUUUGGUGACCACCAGCACUGACGGAUCAAUUGCAUUCUGGCAGUAUUCUACUCCCCGCGGUCAGAAGAUCACGUUCGCCCCGAAGCCGACCCAGUAUCACGAAAAGUUGCGCCCCGGCCAGGCCCAGAUGAUGUGCACCACCUUUUCACCGGGCGGUAUGUUCCUGGCCGCCGGUUCUGCCGAUCACCAUGUCCGCGUCUACAUGAUGGGCGAGGACGGACCGAAACGCAUCCUCGAGACAGAGGCCUACACCGAUGCCGUGGACUCUGUGCAGUGGUCGCACCGCGGCCUGAGAUUCAUUUCAGGCAGCAAGGAUGGCACCGCCCACAUUUGGACUUUUGAGUCGCAGCAGUGGAAAAGCGUCAAGCUCUGCAUGACGGAACGUCUGCCAAGUUGUCCUGAGCCGGAAGAGGGAAAGAAACUAAAAGUUACCAUGGUGGCUUGGGAUGCAUCCGAUCGUUAUUGUAUCACCGCCGUUAACGAUUUUACAAUUAAAAUCUGGGACUCCAAGACAGCCAAGCUGCAUCGCGUCCUGCGGGGUCACAAAGACGAGUUGUAUGUUUUGGAGUCGAAUCCCAGAGAUGAGCACGUCCUGCUCUCUGCCGGUCACGAUGGUCAUGUGUUUUUGUGGGACAUCGAGCAGGGGGUCUGUGUGGCGAACUUCUUCAACGACAUUGACGGCCAAGGUCAUGGCAGCGUGUUCGAUGCCAAGUGGGCUCCAGAUGGCACGAUGGUAGCGGCCACAGACUCCCACGGACACAUCCUCAUCUUUGGCCUGGGAAUGUGCAUUGAAAAAUACAAAAUGCUCCCCACAGAACUGUUCUUUCACACGGACUACCGACCACUACUGCGGGAUGCCCAGCACCAUGUCAUCGAUGAGCAGACCCAGAUAAUGCCACAUUUAAUGCCGCCGCCGUUCCUCGUCGACUCUGACGGCAAUCCGCAUCCCACCAAAUAUCAAAGAUUCGUGCCCGGAAGGGAAAACUGCAGCAUGGACCAACUCAUUCCCAAUCUGACGGUCGGUGCGGAUGGCGUGGUGGUCGAGGACAAUGUAAAUGCCCAGCAGAACGCCGGGGGAGCGGGUGCUGCGGCACAAGCUGUAGUUCCAGCAGCAGCGGGAGGAGCAGCGGCUGGGGCCAACUACUCCCACAUAGACCGCAUGAUUGCCGCUCUCGCCAACCGCCAGUCAGUGAACGCGAACGCCAACGACGCUAAUCCGAGCGGUGACAAUCAGGCAUUUGAGCGCCACCCCAAUCGCCAAGUGCCCGACUCCAACAGCAGACAAUCACAACGUGGCAAUGUGCUGGGCGGACGACUGAGUACUCCCCGCCAGGGCUGGGGCCCAUCCGCUGCUCCGGCAGAGGAUCAGCCACCCGCAGAGCCGGCAGCUGGCCAAGCUCCCGCCCAGCAGCCGCUUCCGCUUAAGUUUGUUCGCCGCACCUAUGUGCGGCCCAUGAAAUAUGCCCAGCUGCAGAACCUCAAGCAAACUAUCUACUCCGCCGGCCAGUUCGAGAAGCAGGAGUACAAACGGGAGAUGCGCCGCCGACCAAUCAUGAUCAACACUGCCAGUGCAGCGUCCUCCCAGCAGGCGGGCAGCAUAGGCAGGCCGCGGAAUACUCGAUCCAAUGGAAGUGCAGGACGUCCAGGUGGUAGACGGCGUGGCGCCCAAGCUGGAGCUGCGCAACAGCAGCCAGCUUACAGGACUCGAGCCGUUCGAGACCAGGAACAAGACAAUUACGAUGAAGAGGCUCAGCCGCACGAGGAGGAGGAAGAGGAUGUGUCUAGCAACUCAUCCGGGGACACCAGCUACUCGAAUGUAGAGGAGAAUCUGGACGACAGCAGCUCCGACUCGGACACGGAUAGUUCGGACUAUUCGGAUUGGGUGGCAGACACCCCCGGACCGAAUCUGGAGCCGCCCAAGCGCUCUAAGCGCAAACCAAUCUCCCGACGUCCGCGCAGUAGUGAUGACAGCAGCGACGACGAAACGGCAGCCGGCCGAGCCAUACAGACGGCGUCUGGCGGACAAGUGAUAGCGCGGAAGGUGGGCCGGAAGACGGUACUCUUCCCACCCACGGAUGCUAACGGCGAAAUCCCGGAGCUGUACCGGCCAGCGGAGUGGCUUUCGGAGGUGAUACCCCGGAAGGCGCCCUACUACCCGCAAAUGGGCGACGAAGUAGUCUACUUCCGGCAGGGACACGCCAGCUACUUGGAUGCAGUGCGCCUGAAGAAGGUUUACAAGCUGUCGCACAGCUCGGAGCCGUGGAACUUCCAUACGCUGCGCGACCACGAACUGGUCCGGGUGAUUGGCAUCAAGUACGAGAUCCGGCCGCCGCGGCUGUGUUGCCUGAAGCUGGCCAUCAUCGACGAGGAGGGCAACAUGACGGGCACUACGUUCAAAAUCAAGUACCACGACAUGCCCGACGUCUUGGACUUUCUGGUGCUGCGCCAGACCUUUGAUCUGGCCGUGCAGCGAAACUGGAGCAUUGGCGACCGGUUCCGGUGCAUGAUCGGUGAUGGGUGGUGGAUGGGCCAAAUCGAAUCCCGGCAAGCUCUCUCCGCCGACUUCCCCGACUCCUUCUUCUUGUGUUUCCGGGUGCGCUGGGACAACGGCGAGUAUGAGCGUAUGAGCCCAUGGGAUAUGGAGCCGAUCGACCAGGAACGUGUCCCGGACGAAGUGGGUGGUGCUGUUCCUGUCCUGCCCGAAGAAAUCCGCGCCACCCUGUAUCAGCCCAAGUCUGAGGAGUGGCAUCGCGGCGAUCGCGACGGAACCUGCCGGCGCAUCAUUAACGGCUUGGAGCAGGUAAUGCGUCUGUCCAUCGCCGAGCACUUUCUGGCCCCCGUCGACCUCAACAUUUAUCCAGACUAUGCCUACUUGAUCGAGUACCCCAUCGAUCUGACCACCGUGAAGUCGCGCUUCGAAAACCACUUCUACCGCCGCAUCACCUCAGCACAGUUCGAUGUGCGCUAUCUGGCCACCAAUGCCGAGCAGUACAACCGCCGGCACACGAUAAUCGUCAAGCAUGCUCGGAUUGUCACAGAUCUCUGUCUGCGAAUCAUAAGGGAAGCGGAUGAGAUUGAUGUGGCUGCCGUUUACCACCAGCUGGUGGACGUGUAUCACUCAUCUGAGUCGGAGAAUGAGGCAGAUUCGGAUGUAGUUCCAUCUACCAGCACAGGGCCGACGACUUCGGCAGCUGCAGCGGCAGCCAGACAGCGAGUAUCCUCCACCAGGCGAUCCACUCGCACUCACUCCGAAGGAGACUGGCGAGCCGACUGCCGGCAGUUACUGGACGUGAUGUGGGCCAGGCCGGACUCACUGCCCUUCCGGGAGCCAGUUGACACUAUAGAAUUUCCCGAUUACCUGGAAAUAAUCGCCACGCCGAUGGACCUGCGCACGGUGAAGGAGGAUCUGCUGGGUGGGAACUACGAUGAUCCGCUGGACUUUGCCAAGGAUGUGCGACUGAUAUUUCAGAACUCGAAGAACUACAACACUAACAAGCGCUCGCGGGAUAAUAUAGCGAUUUAUUCAAUGACUCUGCGCCUGAGCGCCCUCUUCGAGUCCCACAUCAAGACUGUGGUCACCAACUGGAAGGCGGCCAGGAGACGCGCGAAUAAGAACAAAUCAGGGAGCAGCGGUGGCGGUCGCGGCGGUGGUGGCUCCAGUAGCAGUCCUCCCAAGAGAACAAGAAACGAACGGUCCACUCGCCGCAACCAGAAGCCACCGGCGGCCGCCAGGAGACUGCCAUUGGCGCAUUCUAGCGACGACGAGGACGACGACGAUGACGACAAUGAUGAGGAGGCUUCGGCUACCAGAGCGCCACGAUCCCGCCGACGCAAUGGAGUGGCCGCAACUGCCAGUUCAUCGGGUUCCAAUCGCGUGACCUCCUCCUCGUCCACCGCCAACCAGCAGCGACGUCGACAGAGUAGCAGUAGCGAGGAAGAGGAGGAAGAGGAGGAGGAGGACGAUGAGUCCAGCAGCAGCAGCGACGAGGAAGAGGACGAGGAUGAGGCCCACUCCAAUGCCAGUUCCCCGCAGCAGGCACGCACGCGAAGAGGGCGACAGCGGCAGCGCCUGAGCGACGAGGACGAGGACUCCGAGGAGAGCUACAAUCCCCAGAAGCGCAAGUCCAGCAACCGUAAUAGAAACCGGAACGGUCACUCGAGCAAGCGGCGACGCAUAGACAAGAGUCCAGCGGCAACGAAUGGCUCCACUGGGUCCGGAACAACCCGGCGCACCCGUCGCCUAGCAGGCAGCUCGGAGGAGACUGCCUCCCAUUCCCAGCACGACGAGAGCACCCAAGACAGUCAGUUGGGCCGCCGGAAAGGCCGCUCGGCCAAGAACAGCCGAUCUCAAGCCGUUGGAAACGGACCCAGUACUAGUGCGGCUGCGGCCGCGAAUGCCAACUCCUUCAGCCAAGCGAGUCCUUUGCGCAACACCCGUGCCAAUGGAGGCAGAUCCCACAAUGCGGCGGAAAACGAUCACAGCUACCACCUCCCAGCUCGCAGCGGCAGGAUUAUAGAAUCGGAUACGGACUCGCACUCACAGGGACCCGUGGGAAGACCCACUCGUCAAAGCGCUAAGCGGGCGCUUCUCGAUUGGGGGCGUGGCAGCGACAUCGAGGAGGAGGAGGAGGAAAGUGAAGAAGCGGAAGAGAUCCUGCCCACGCCCACUAGGGACGACAUGCCGUCGACAAGCAGAGCUGCUCUGGCUCAAGCCGCUGGCUCGGGAGUUGUCCGUCAGUUGCGCACGAAUCGCAACACAGUCGUCCGUCCAGUACAGAGCGACGACGAGGACGACAGCGACAACGAGCCGCUGGCCAAUAACCAGCAAAGAACUGCCCAAUCACCUGCAAAAACGAACUCAUCGGCGGCCGCGCCACAUCCGCUGAGCCUGCGCCGCCGACUCCCUUCGCCACAGCAGCGGAACACACACAUGACGCGCUCACAUGCCACCUCAACCACAACCUCUGCCAGCCAGGCGGCACAGCCAACUGGGUCCACCCACGACCACAACUACCUGGCCACCGCGAGUUCCGCGGCGCGAGCACCACGCCGUGUUCUGUCGCGGCAUCAGCGCAAUGCGGACGAGCUGGACACCAGCCUAGAUCCACUGGAGAGCUCACGCCUGCUCUCAGCCAUAAGCAACCACCGGCGACCCACCUCCACCACGAAUAGCAAUAGUACUAGUGCCAGCAAUGUGGUCACACGACGUCUGCGUGGGCGCACUAGUCAGGCCAACUCCCAGGACGAGGACCAGGAUCAGGACCAGGACCAGGACGAGCAAGAGGAAGAAGAGGCGGAGGCAGCUGCCAGCGAUGAGGGCACCGACGGGGGCUCCACUUCGCAGAGCUACGAGGAAGAGCCGGAGAACGAUUCCGAUUCCGAGGACGAUCAGCCGCUGACCAGCUACGUCGCCACCAACAACGGGCGCUCGUCACGAAAGCCGAAAACUACCUCGUCCUCCUCCUCGAACACGCGUCCGCUACGGAGCAACCGACGACCGCCGUCCGCCCAGUCGUUCGUGAACGAUGAAGAGGAGGACGAAGACUACGUGGGAACACGUAGUCGGCGAACUAAUCGCAGCGGCAAUCAGCGAAGUGGACGGAAUCAAAAAAGGCCCCGCUACAACGAGGAAUCCGAGGAGGAGGAUGCCGCCCCAUAUCGGCGAAAGAGGGUUAGAAACGGCAAUGCUCAUGCCAGCUCCCAGGAAAGAUCACAGCCGGAACCCGAGGAGGAGGAGGAUGGCGGCGACGCGGGAGAUAGCUCGGUGGACAGCGAUGAUAGCGAACGGAAGGUGAGCGUGAGCAGCCGUGGAAGGGUGCGCAAGAUAUCGGCGAAGGCGCGCGGCAUCUUCAAGGAGUGACCCUAGACUGUUUUGUGUAUAAAUUAAAUCUAAACGAUAAUAACAUUGGCUAGAGUCGCUUUCUAAUUAUUGAUUAAUGUGUAAGAGUAUAUGAACCACGUCACUUGUCAUUGUCACCGUGAGCACACCAUCAUCAUCACCACUAUCCCGGAUGGCAUCCGUAGACCUAAGCAGAAGAAGCAGAGUGUGUUCUCGUGUUCUCUCGUGUUUUUUAUCCAUAUCCAUCAGAAUAUUAUUUUGAUUAUUGUUCAAGUCUUACGUUGAUCGGCCGGGAGCAGCGAUCCUACAUACUGUGGUGUAGGCCGCUCCGUCCGACCAACAUUUCUAAAUGUAUUUCUACAAUAUAUAGGUACUACUAUACAUAUAUAUAUAUUAGAAAGGUAGCACUCGGAAUCACACUUCAUUUACAAUAGCUUUAGAAUAAAGUAUCAAGAAAGAACACUA